CUAAGCACCCCUCCCUCUGGGGUGUGCCCUGCCCCUCCCUGAGUCACACCAAGGAGAGAGAGGAAAAGGGAAGAAAGGAAGAGGCACUGACUACAGAAGGAAAGGGAAGCAGAGGAGGAGAGAAGCCACGUAGGAGUUGGUGACAGAGAAGACCAGAGAGGGCAGACCUAGGGCAUCUCUAGGACGGAGAGAUCAAGAGAGGGCAGGCUGAGCAUCCCAACGAGCGCCCAGAGCACAGGACCCAGGGGCGGGGAGCCAAGGGGGCGGGCUGGCCAUGUCCCACGGGACCUACUAUGAGUGUGAGCCUCGGGGUGGCCAGCAGCCACUUGAGUUCUCAGGGGGUCGAGCUGGACCCGGGGAGCUGGGGGACAUGUGUGAGCAUGAGGCUUCCAUCGACCUCUCCGCCUACAUCGAAUCUGGGGAAGAACAGCUACUUUCUGACCUCUUUGCCAUGAAGCCAACGCCUGAAGCCCGAAGCCUUAAGGGCCCAGGAACCCCUUCUUUCCCUCACUAUCUGCCGGCUGACCCUCGGCCAUUUGCCUAUCCCUCACACACAUUUGGCCCAGAUAGGAAAGCUGUGGGGCCUGGCAUCUACAGCAAUCCAGGGAGCUACGACCCCAGGGCUGUGGCGGUGAAGGAGGAGCCACGAGGGCCAGAGGGCAACCGAGGCGCCAACCGAGGCAGCUACAAUCCCCUGCAGUACCAAGUGGCACACUGUGGGCAGACUGCGGUGCAUCUCCCCCCGACCCUGGCAGCACCUGGCCAGCCCCUGCGCGUCCUCAAGGCCCCUGUAGCUGCUGCUGCCCCUCCCUGCAGCCCCCUUCUCAAGGCACCCUCCCCUGCUGGCCCCUCACAUAAGGGCAAGAAGGCAGUGAACAAAGACAGCCUGGAGUACCGGCUGCGACGCGAACGCAACAACAUCGCGGUGCGCAAGAGCCGGGACAAGGCCAAGAGGCGCAUUAUGGAGACACAGCAGAAGGUGCUGGAGUACAUGGCUGAAAAUGAGCGUCUGCGCAGCCGUGUGGACCAGCUUACCCAGGAGUUAGACACUCUGCGCAACCUCUUCCGCCAGAUCCCUGAGGCUGCCAGCCUCAUCAAGGGUGUCGGGGGCUGCAGCUGAGCCUGCCUGGCAGACUGUGAGCACCAGACCCUAAGGACCCCGCCCACCCUCCUAGGUCCCCAGAGUCCUGAAUAGGCCAAGCCUGAGACAGAGAUCAUGGACGAUGGCAGCCAGUAACUGGGAAGGUCAGGACCAAAAUGAUACUGUGGCUGAAUAAACUGCACUGUGACUCGA